CGUCUCUCUCGUGAUGUUGCCAUCCAUCUUGAGCCACUUCAUACCGUGGCUCGCCUGGGGGCGGUCUCUACCAAGGAGUAGCCGGCGAUGGGGAAAAAUCUCCUCAUCUUCCUCUCUGCCGCCGGCGUCGCGCUUUUAGCUAUCCUCCUCCUUCCCACUCGAAGCCCCUCUCGGAGUCUAUGGAAGUGGCGCCGGACUUCCGCGGAUCUGGUGGUGAUGAACGCCACUAUCUACACCAGCGACCACUCCCUUCCCUUCGCCGAAGCCAUGGCCAUCCGGAACGGCCGGAUUCUCGGAGUCGGAAACUAUUCCUCUGUUAAGGACCUAGUGGGUUAUGGAACUCGGGAAUUGAAUCUUAAUGGGAAGGUUGUGAUUCCAGGGUUUAUCGAUUCGCAUGCGCACUUUAUAAAUGGUGGUUUGCAGAUGGGGCAAGUGGAACUUCGAGGUGUCGAAAGCCAAGAUAGCUUUGCCAAAAAGGUCAAAGAAGCUGUGAAAGAUAAAGUUCCUGGUGAGUGGGUCUUAGGUGGAGGAUGGAAUAAUGAUCUCUGGGGUGGAGAUUUUCCUUGCAUUUCUUGGAUAGAUGAUAUUUCACCUAACAAUCCUGUUUGGCUUUCACGCAUGGAUGGUCAUAUGGGCCUGGCCAAUUCACUCGCUCUAAAGAUUGCUGGAAUCACUAAUGAUACUCACAAUCCAGUUGGUGGAACCAUUGUGAAAACUAAUGAUGGAGAACCUACAGGCCUGUUGGUUGAUUCUGCAAUGAAACUUAUUCUAUCUUUGAUUCCCGAGGUUUCAAUCCAUGGGAGGAGAGAGGCCAUGGUCAGAGCAAGCAAGUAUGCACUGAUGAGGGGGGUGACAACAAUGACCGACUUUGGAAGAUAUUUCCCUGGUGCCUCAGUUGAUCAUGUUUGGCAUGAUUUAUCAGAUGUUUACAAAUGGGCUGAUUCUGCUGGAAAAAUGCUGAUCAGAGUUUGCUUAUUCUUUCCUAUGCAGACAUGGUCUCAAGUAGUUGAUCUUUUCCAAGAAAAGGGUAGAGCUUUAAGUCAAUGGAUAUAUUUGGGUGGUGUCAAAGCUUUUGCUGAUGGGUCUUUAGGUUCCAACAGUGCACUAUUCUAUGAGCCUUACGAGGAUGAUCCCGAUAAUUAUGGUUUGCAAGUAACGGAUAUAGAUUGGCUUCUCAAUGCGACACUAGAAUCAGACAAAUCUGGACUUCAGGUCGCAAUUCAUGCCAUUGGAGACAAAGCAAAUGACAUGGUGCUAGAUAUGUUUGAUUCAGUGGCAUCUUUUAAUGGAAUGAGGGAUCGCAGAUUUAGGAUUGAACAUGCCCAGCAUCUGGCUCAAGGAGCAACAACCCGUUUUGGUCAACAAAAGGUUAUUGCAUCUGUGCAGCCAGAUCAUCUCUUAGAUGAUGCUGAUUCUGCUGAAAAGAAGCUAGGGGCUUUCAGAGCACGAAAGGAAUCAUAUUUAUUUCACUCACUCUUAGCUGGUGAUGCAUUGUUGGCUUUUGGUUCUGACUGGCCAGUUGCUGAUAUUUAUCCAUUAAGAGGGAUCAAAACUGCAAUGUCUCGGGUACCUCCUGGAUGGGAUGCUGCUUGGAUUCCAAGUGAGCGUAUUGCAUUGAAUGAUGCUCUAAAAGCGCACACCAUUUCAGCUGCUUAUGCCUGCUUCCUUGAUCAUGAUUUGGGUAGUUUAUCUGCCGGGAAGUAUGCAGAUUUUGUAGUAUUGCCAGCCAAUUCAUGGGAUGAAUUUUCGAGUGAUUUACCGUCAUCUGUUCUAGCCACUUACGUAAAUGGAGUGCAGGCCUACCCAUCAAAUAGCAUGUGAUGGAAGGCUGCAACAGUAAUUAGCUUUUUCACUUUGCAAAUAAAUAAUGGUAAAAUAUAAAUGUAGCAGCUUGCCUGUUUGGUGGUCUGUUGCGGUUCACCCUCAGUUGAGGGCUGUACUUCAGGCUGAUACUAGUGGUUGAACUGAACAAAAAGAAAAAAAAAGGUGCAUAUUCUAGUUGAUGAAACAAGAAUGAGUACAUCUCUCUGUUCAAUAUGGAGUAUGGACUACUGCCAAAUAAGUUAAAUCAAGUCAAUUGGAUGUUAAUAUA